CAAUAAGUAAGCAGCUAUGCCCGUCAGGAUCGUCAAGAACUGUAUGUUGUUUGUGUUAAGUUUAUCCUGGAAAUUUUGGUGUGUAGUGCAGGCUCAUCGACUGAGUUCACCUCCACAUAUAGUGUUCAUAGUAGCAGAUGAUCUAGGUUGGAAUGAUGUCAGCUGGCAUAACCCGGACAUUGUGACUCCAAACUUGGAACGUUUGGCUCGAGAUGGAAUCAUUCUAAACCAGUCUUACGUUCAACCCGUCUGUACACCGUCUCGAACAGCGUUCAUGACUGGUUACUUUCCCUUUCAUGUUGGAAGACAAAAUCACGUGCUUCAUCCUCUAGAGCCAACAGGAGUCCCAUUAAAGUUUACACUGCUUCCUGAGAAGCUGAGAGAUUAUGGCUAUUCUUCUCAUGCUAUUGGAAAAUGGCACUUGGGCUACUGCAAUUGGUCUUAUACCCCUACGUACCGAGGAUUUGACAGCUUUUUUGGAUUCUACUCUGGAUCGGAGGAUUAUUUUACUCAUACUAGGGGACAGAAGGACUUUCUCUAUUUCAAGGAAGGCACCGAAUGGCAGUGGUUGAAUUCCAACACUGGCUUAGACUUCCGACAAGGCACUAGUCCCGCCACCAAUUACUCUGGGAAGUACUCCACCCACGUGUUUGCUCGUAUUAUGACUAACUUACUCUCUACUCUGGAUCCAAGUGUCCCACACUUCUUCUAUUUGCCAUUCCAAGCGGUUCAUGGUCCAUUACAGGUUCCUAAAAAGUAUAUGCGAUUUUAUGAAAACAUUAAGGACAAAUCUAGAAAAAUAUUUUCUGGGAUGGUCACUGCUUUGGACGAGGCAGUUGGAAAAAUUGUCGCAAGUUUGAAAAAAUAUGGCUUUUACAGGAAUUCAGUGAUCGUCUUCGUAACAGAUAACGGAGGACAGGUUCAGUCUGGAGGAAACAAUUGGCCUCUGAGAGGAAACAAAGGAACAUUAUGGGAAGGAGGAACCAGAGGUCCCUCAUUUGUACACAGCCGUUUAUUGGAAGAGACAGGUUACAUCAGUAACAAGUUAGUACAUGCAGUGGAUUGGUAUCCGACGUUCGUUGACAUUGCUGGAGGUCUGCCCGAUAAUACUAUGGAUGGAGUGUCACAGUGGACGACACUGCGGACAAAUGGACCCGAAGUACGAAAUGAAUUUGUUUAUAACAUUUUUGAUACAGGAAGAAAGCCACCCAAGGACGCCAUCAGAGUUGGUAAUUUCAAGCUGAUUAGAGGGUUCCCUGGUGACCCUAGUGGAUGGAUUCCGCCACCUAGCGUUCACUUUACACAUGCAUCUGCUCAGCAGUGUUAUGUCAGAAGAAAAGGUUAUGAAGAAGAAAUUAGACUAUUUAAUAUCCAAGAUGAUCCCACAGAGCGGUAUAACUUGGUUCACGUGUUGCCGGACAGAGUACAAAAGAUGAUUCACCGCUUGGAGGAACAUCGUGCAACAAUGGUGCCAGCAGAUGAUCCACCAGACAAUGACCAUGGAAACCCCAAGUUUUGGAACGGAAUAUUUUCUCCAGGGUGGUGUGAAGCUCACUGAUACCGAUUCAUCGAACACGUUUUUUUAUAUUUUAUUAUAAUGAAUUCUACAAAUGCACAAAAAAGGAUGAAUUGAAGUAUUACACACUAGUAAUGCUGAAGAAACUUGAGCACGUAUCAGAAUUUUACACAUUAAUAAUAUUGAACAAAUACGAAUAUGUAUUGAAGUAUUACACACUAAUAAUGCUGAAGAAGUUUCGAUCAUGUUUUAAAGUAUUAUACACCAAUAAGGCUGAACAUUACGAACAUGAAUUAAAAUAUUGCACUAAUAACGCUUAAGAAAUUUGAACAUAUUUUCUAGUGUGUAUAUAUAUAUAUAUACUUAAGAAGUUCAAACAUGCAUUAAAAUAUUACACAUUAAUAAUGUUAGAAAACGCUACAAGGUGUUUUGCACAAACAAACCAAAAAAUUGUUUGUAAGUAUAAUAUGCUGUACUUAUUUAAUUAAUU